AUGGACAGCUUCGACCUGUCGGAGCAGCGGAUCGUGCAGCUGGAGCAGAUUCCGCUCGAAAUCCGCCGCCAAGUGGAGACGGGGGACGGCGUGGAGUACGCGCUGGACCUGUCGCUCAACCGGCUGCGGGGUAUCGACCAGAUCGGCGUCUUCGAACACGUCAGCCAGCUGGAUCUGUCGGGGAACCAGCUCGAGAACGUGAACGGGGUCCAGGCGCUGCGGCGUCUGCAGAGUCUGGAUCUGUCUCGCAACUGCAUCGCCACGGUGGACUUGUUGGCUCUGCUGCCGGCUCUGCAGGUGCUCAAGGUGGCGGAGAACAGCCUCACGAGCAUUGACGCGCUGCAGCUGCUGCCAGAGCUGCGGGUGGUGGACGCCUCCUACAACCGGAUCACCAAGUGGCCUCCCUUGGCGGGCUUGAGCUUGCUGGAGACGCUGGACUUGUCGGACAACAUGCUGGGGGCGUUUUCGUCCUCUCUAUCCGCGACGCUCUUCCCUUCGAGGCUUCGGCGUCUUUCAAUUGCACGGAACCAGAUCGACAAGAUUUGCGGUAUUGCUUGUCUGGGGAUGCAGCUGCCGAUGCUGGAGUUCUUCGCUUUCGAUGGAAAUCCGAUUGUGCUUGAGGUUGCACGCAGUGGUGGGCAGCUCGAGCGGCUCCUUGCGACGCUGUUCCCUAAUUUACCGCUCAGCAACGACGGAGGGCUCACUAUGACUGGUCGCAGACACGAAGAGUUCGCACCUCCUCCUCAUACGAUGAAUUCCCUCAAACGCGCUAUACUCGAAGGCCGCGAAGAAGUCCUGGACGAGUUUCUCGUUACGGGGUCGGUGGCGGGUCAAGUCAGUCCUGUGAUGCCCCCACCUCCCCCAGUAGAACGUCCACUUCCUCCUAGUCGGCAGCAAUUUCCGCUAACUGAGGCUGGCGAUGGUCAAGGCCAAGCUCUCGACAACCCCCUAUCACACGACAGCAAGAUGGAGAUUUGGAAACGCAUUCAGGAGGAUCGCAAGGCACAGUUCUGUCAAAGCAGUGCCUCGACAUUCACUAGUAGCGCCGUCAAGCGGGACAAGUCUGUGAGGUGGGAGCAGCAGAUUGAGCAGCCCGUUCCAGUUCCCCCGUUCCAAGAUGAUGUCCGAAAGCCCGCUCUCACUACUGCAGACCUGGCUGUUCCAGAGCCAUCUCCACAAGCGAUGGCAGCUCUCGAUUCGUCCAGUCUGAGCGUGAUGAAACCAUUGGAGGCAUCGACAGUUCCCUCCGCAAUUGAUCCGAUGAAAGGCUCGCCUUCACAAAAUAGUCCGGACAACGAUGCACUCACGAAAAGAGUAAAGGCACUCGCAGAUCAAGUGGUUACGAUGCGCAAAUACAUGAAGGUGUGGGUCAAACGUGAGAAGAUGCAGCUUCAGCAGAUCUGUGCGGUGCAAGGCGCUGCCAUCAGCUCUCUCUGGGAUAACCAAAAGGGUGACGACUCGGAUGUGGAGAGGAAAGUCAUUCGCUUUGAGGUUUCGGCAAACGACGGACAGCGCAACAAUGAUGAGAAGGAUUCGUCUCCAGAGAUGCAUACUGCGAUCGAGGUGAAUGAGAUGAAGAAACAGCUAGAGCACCAGGCUCGUGAGAUCUAUGCACUGAAGCAACAACUGCAAGCACUUCAGAAUCUGGUAGCUGGUCUUGCGGCUACUAAGUUUGAGCAUGUGUCGUAG